GUGAAACUUUUAUUAUUGUUGGUAAUCAUCACUAUCUUCACUGCAUAGCCCAACUAUAAAUCAUAACACUGUGGAAGAGAUAAAACUGUGUAAAUAAUUGAAUGUGAAAUCUAAUACGACUCAGUUAACUGCUGCAUUGUUUCAUUUUCAUAACAAUAUUUCGUUACAAUGGGAUGUUGUUAUAGUUUUUUCUGCAAUGAUGAUGGCAGCUCACAGAAUGGAGAACCAAAUGAACGGACACAUCUUCUUGUCAAUACAGAAACGAAUAAUAUCAACAUUCAAGGAAACAAUAGUGAUGAUUAUUUGAAUCAGGAUGUAAAUGCUGCACCGAAGAAGACUGAUGAACAAUCUGCGCUUAGCAGAAUAUUGCAAGAAACUGCAACCAAUGUCAUAGAUGUUGCUGCAUUGGAUGCUCAUAAUUUGCAGCAACACGAAUACUUGGAUAGAGUCAAAAUGUACAACAUGAGAAUUCAACAAGUGCUUGCUGCAAACAGACAACCUUACAAGGUUAAAACAUUAUUGUUGCAGGAUGUGUCAUCCGCUGAUAAGAUUCUUGCAGCUGAACCGAUUAGUGCAGAGGACUAUCAUUUUGUAACCAGCAUGGUGUCGAAAGCCUCAUUGGCGAUUACAGAAAUUAAGGUGGAGCAUAAAGAGGACUUGGUGGUUCCAUUUCGUAUACCAUGAGUAAAAAAUAUAAAUAUUGCAAUUAUUGGAUAGAACUGGUAAUCUAAGGAAAUGUAUAAUUUUAAUCUUUUAUUUUCUUAUAUAACUAUAAUUGGGUUA